AUGGGUGCUGCGAUCUCUCAGCAGAUCUUGGAACUCCAGGGUGAGGAACAGACGGCCACGGCCAGAUCACAGGAGCUUGAGCGGGAGGUCAAGUCCCUAGACCAAAGCUACAAGCGGUACAGGGACCUUUGCUACACCUAUGGCGCCGCCAUCUUGAGGACACCCGAUGGUUUCCUGGGCGCCAAGUCCGAGGAUUCCAAGCGACGGGGCAUAGAGGCGCUGGUGGAGGUCUUGGCCAAUCGCUUCGGCUGGCCAGAGGUGGCCUUCUUGCGCCUGGACCGGCGCGGCGCGGGCCGGCUCGGUGCGCAAGAGCUGCGGAUGGGUUUGCUGCUGGGUGCCAAAGUCGACUUCCCGGCCGUCACCGGGCUGACUGCGGAAGCUCUGCUGGCUGCCAUCGACCGCCGAGGAGCAGGCUUCAUCACAGCCUCAGACCUGGCGGCGUGCAGGCCGGAGCUCUGGAAGUCCUGCGGCGCGCGGCCGCCGGAGCUGGAGGAGAAGUUCCGGGCCAGCCCCGGAGUUUGA